AUGUCUCACAUUAUCAAACAAAUGAUAGAUGAGGUUUGGUCGUUCCCGCGCGGAACCAAGCUAGAACCUGGAGGGAGAAAGAACCCCGACAAUUUCCGCCACUAUCGCAAAUGGGGCUUUACUAUCUACCGUACCUGCUACGGUAAAGAGUCUGAGAAGCAUUGGCAAGCGCUUCUAUACUCUUUGAGACAUCAGACCAAGUUGGCAUUCGGGGCGUUUGAGGAUGAGGAGGAAACAGACCAAGACGAUAUGCGACGAGUUCAGGAAUUAUUUCAUCUCGAUGUCCGGGAGAAUCCCUCUAAUCUAGAUGGUCUCGAUGUUCGACGUCUCCGGGACUUUUGCAACGCCGAAAAGCUCAAAGAGACUGAAGUUAAAGCCAGUACCAAGUACCGCGUGAGCACAAGGCCCCACGGGGGUCGAGCUAUGGCAAACUAUGUGUUCAAAUUCGUUUUGCUCGCCGAUGAAGCUGUUUUGACAGAUAUAGGAAAGGGCGAAUUCGUCGUCAAGGCCAUCUCGUUGUCAUUGGAUGGUAACUCGGGAUGGGGAUGGAUGAGAAUCCCAACAGGCUAUUUGUUGGAGUUGUGGAUAUUUCUCAUGUGGAAUAAACACCGUACCGAGUCUUGUCUUCGCUGUCACGGACCUGAAGUAGAUCUUGAGGAAAGCAUCUGGCCUGGGGACAUGGCACUUUUGGAUACUGGAAGAUGUUCGGAAAUUCGAGACUGGCCUUACUACAGUGGCCAGAAGGAUGAUAUGUGGUAA